AUGGAGCCCGCACAUCGUAUCCGCAUGAACUCCAUGGCCUCUAGUGCUUCUUCUCAAAGCUACAGCCUGAUAGACGACAAAUCGAUCUACCUUUCCAUUAUCCAGCCGGAGGUACCAGAGAUUUUACUGGGUUGCAAUACACCUUACCGAACCGGACUUCAAUGGAGCUUUGAGGCCUCUCCCUACGACGACCGAUUUGCCCUUCAAUCCCAUUCGAUACAUCCUGAACAAACGCCCCCAGGUACACUUGGCCUUGCCCCCUCUUACUCCUUUGGAAGAUAUCCCGAAAUCUAUGUACAGCCUUUCCGCGAGGAUUUCAUGGCCAAAGCACCAGUCUAUAGCUUAGAUAGACCUUACAAAUGCGAAAAGUGUGGAUCAAGCUUUAGUCGGAACCACGAUCUGAAGAGGCAUUCCCGGAUACAUUUGGAUAUUAAGCCAUUUCCUUGCAGCUGUUGUGACAAGGCUUUUGCCCGCAAAGACGCACUCAAGAGGCAUUUGCUGAUGAAAGGCUGUAGCAGGAGCAAGUCAGCGAUCUCACGUGGGAGUCCCCAAAGCCCUGAAAGGCAGAAGUUAUCGAAAGUACCAAACGUAUACGCCGGCCAAGCGACCGCCACCGGGAUUCCUUCGAAAACCUACGAGAUCAAACUCCAGAACAUCAAGUGCUCUAUGCCUACCUUCAUGUGA